CCGGGGGCCGGGUCGGACCACCGGGCCUGGGGCUCCCGCGAACUGGGCGCGGGGUCCGCCGGGGCCUACUGCGCCCGCCGGCCGAGCCCCCACUCCGGGCGGAGCCCGAACGCUGGCUGACCGCUUGUCCCCGUGCCGGGGCCGCCCCACGCCAAGUUCCUUGGGCCCUCCCGGGCUUCCUGCCCCCGCCGCAGCCGCUGUCCCCUCCUUCUGGAUGCCCCCCUGCCGCUGCUCUUUUCUCUGCCUGGCGCUCGGCCUGUGGGCCUGGUGGUACCUGGAAGGUGUUCGGCUUCGAAUCCGCAUACAACGACACCCGCUACAUGCCCAGCUCCCUCGGCGCGGAGGGGAACGUAGAGCCAGACACUGCACCAAGCCCUGCUGAGGCGUUAGUAUGGCCUCAUAGCAAGCCCAUGGGGUGGGUACUGUUACCUGUAUCAUACAAAAGAAAAACCUGGGGCCUAGAGAAGUUAACUUGCCCAGGAUCGCACAGCUGGAAAGUGCCAAAAGACACACAGCGGCUCUGUGUGUUCAAGGACCAAGCAGGCAGAUUUCUCCGUGGACAAUGGCAGCCACGAUUCAGGCCAUGGAGAGGAAGAUUGAAUCACAGGCUGCUCGCCUGCUUUCCCUAGAAGGUCGAACUGGGAUGGCUGAGAAGAAGCUGGCCGACUGCGAGAAAACAGCCGUGGAGUUCGGGAACCAGCUGGAGGGCAAGUGGGCCGUGCUGGGAACCCUCCUGCAGGAGUAUGGGCUGCUGCAGAGGCGGCUGGAGAACGUGGAGAACCUGCUUCGCAACAGGAACUUCUGGAUCCUGCGGCUGCCCCCGGGCAGCAAGGGGGAGGCCCCCAAGGUGCCCGUGACCUUUGAUGAUGUGGCCGUGUAUUUCUCCGAGCAGGAGUGGGGCAAGCUGGAGGACUGGCAGAAGGAGCUCUACAAGCAUGUGAUGAGGGGCAACUACGAGACGCUGGUCUCCCUGGACUAUGCCAUCUCCAAGCCCGAGGUCCUCUCCCAGAUUGAACAAGGGAAGGAGCCGUGCAGCUGGCGCCGCCCCGGCCCCAAGAUUCCAGAUGUUCCUGUGGACCCCAGUCCAGGCUCGGGGCCCCCAGUUCCUGCUCCUGACCUCUUGAUGCAGAUCAAGCAGGAGGGUGAGCUGCAGCUCCAGGAGCAGCAGGCCCUGGGUGUGGAGGCGUGGGCAGCCGGGCAGCCAGAUAUCGGGGAGGAGCCCUGGGGCCUCAGCCAACUGGAUUCUGGAGCAGGAGACAUCUCCACAGAUGCCACCUCUGGUGUCCAUUCCAACUUUACCACCACCAUCCCACCCACCUCCUGGCAGGCGGAUCUCCCUCCCCACCAUCCCUCUUCAGCAUGCUCGGACGGGACCCUGAAGCUCAACACAGCAGCCUCCACGGAAGCAGAUGUAAAAAUUGUAAUAAAAACAGAAGUCCAGGAAGAGGAGGUGGUGGCCACACCCGUGCAUCCUACUGACCUAGAGGCUCACGGGACCCUGUUUGGACCAGGCCAAGCCACACGAUUUUUCCCUAGUCCUGCCCAGGAAGGAGCCUGGGAAAGCCAGGGCAGCUCCUUCCCCAGCCAGGACCCCGUGCUGGGGCUGCGAGAUCCAGCCCGGCCUGAGAGGGACAUGGGUGAGCUCAGCCCUGCCGUGGCCCAGGAGGAGACCCCUCCUGGGGACUGGCUCUUCGGGGGGGUCCGGUGGGGCUGGAAUUUCCGGUGUAAACCGCCAGUGGGCCUGAACCCCAGGACGGGGCCAGAGGGUCUCCCUUACUCCUCCCCGGACAACGGAGAGGCCAUCUUGGACCCCAGCCAGGCCCCGAGGCCCUUCAACGAACCCUGUAAAUACCCUGGCCGGACCAAAGGCUUUGGCCAUAAGCCGGGGCUUAAGAAGCACCCCGCGGCGCCCCCCGGGGGCCGGCCCUUCACCUGCGCCACGUGUGGAAAGAGCUUCCAGCUGCAGGUCAGCCUGAGCGCCCACCAGCGCAGCUGCGGGGCGCCGGACGGGGCGGCCCAGGGGUCAGGCGGCGGGGGCAGCGGUGGGGGCAGCGCGCGGGAUGGCAGCGCCCUUCGGUGCGGGGAGUGCGGCCGCUGCUUCACACGCCCCGCGCACCUCAUCCGCCACCGCAUGCUGCACACGGGCGAGCGGCCCUUCCCCUGCACCGAGUGCGAGAAGCGAUUCACAGAACGCUCCAAGCUCAUCGACCACUACCGAACGCACACGGGCGUGCGGCCCUUCACCUGCACUGUUUGCGGCAAGAGCUUCAUCCGCAAGGACCACCUCCGCAAGCACCAGCGCAACCAUGCAGCCGGCGCCAAGACCCCGGCCCGCGGCCAGCCGCUCCCGACGCCAUCUGUACCCCCUGACCCCUUCAAGAGCCCUGCCGCCAAAGGACCCUUGGCCUCCACAGAUCUUGUGACCGACUGGACUUGUGGCCUCAGCGUCCUGGGACCAACCGAUGGCGGGGACAUGUGAGCGCCCCCAGCCCCGCGGCACCAGCCGCACAUGUAAAAAGCCCAGUGUGCAGGCAGCAGGGCGACGUGGAAGCUUCAGGCAGACGCGGGAUGGGGAGAACCAAAAUGUCCAAGUUGCUGAAUUGAUCACUGAAGAAGGAGAAACGAUCCACCAGGACAGCUGCCACCUCUAAACCAAGUAGAAUCUCUGUGAAAUCUGAGCGCUGUAGAAUUUGGAGUAAUUUAAUUACAAACCUUUCUUUCUUUCUUUCUUUUCUUUUCUUUUCUUUCUUUCUUUCUUUCUUGAGGAAAAAGCUGGAAAAUAGUAAUAGGGCCACUUAAAUUUUGUAGGUACUUUUGGUUUUCAGGGUGUGUGUUUCUGUCACGAUCUCACUGAGUCUGAUAGUGAGUGUGCUGGAAGAUUGGCCAGCUGGGGACCCCUGGCCCCACUGACUCCUGGGGAUGGGGUCUUGUAGGCUCCCCUGCUCUGCCCAGGUGGGCUGGGUGGGCUUUGAGUGCCAAGCCCCUGGGCAGUGAGGGCUACUGGGUCCCUUGGAGCCACCUCAGAGCGGCAGGAAGGACCCCUCCAGGAGCAGCGGUUGCAUUUCCCAGCUUGCCUCUACUGAAAGGCCCCCCAAAAGUGCUGGCCCCAACUUUAUUUCAGGCCAUCUGCAGUACCCGUCCUAAGGGCACUUAGUGGUGUCCCCUAGUGUGACUCCUUGGCCUCAUAAGGGCGAGUUGUCUCAAAUCACAGCGUUAGGUCUGGAGAGGGAGAAACCAAAACUGGGAAGCUGCACCGAAAACAUCUAACUCUCACAGAGCCCGGAGCAAAGCCUGGCCACCCACCCCGCCUGGGGCUGCCUCCCACUUCAUAAGAUGCUUCUGUCUCCUGUUCCCUUUGUGUGGUGGUUUCUCAUUUUCAAAAUGCAUCUCAUUUGAUCAUUACUGUGACCUUGGGGAGCAGCAGGACAGGGAUUUCUUUUUAGAGGUGAGGAAACAAACCGCUCAGAGGGGACGCCUCUCAGCCUCUCACUGUGGGUACACAUGGUAUGCCGUGAGUGGGGAAGAGCAACAGGCGAGACGCUUCAUCCUACUGGAACAUCGGUGUGGGGGAGCAGAGGUUUUCGGCUUUGCCCUCUUAAAAUAUUUCUCCCACACCAUCAAGAGUCCAGUCACCAGGCCUCGAAGGAACUUUGCUUGUAGCAGCUGCCUCCACUGUGCCCCAGCCUCCUUAGGGUGUGCACUUUCAGGCCCAUUAGGGGCACGUAGAGGGCACAGCUCUAGAGGCUGGGUAUGGGGGCCAAGUGGCAUGUUCAUUCCAGCGUCUAACAUCAGAAAGGUGGGCCCAGAUUUCUUGAUUCGACCACAGUGCUGUUCCGACCACACAAAUAUCCAUUCCUGUUUUGUUGAAGCAGCCACUGGUCCUCUUGUCUCCCCUGCAGAGGGAGGGACCUGGCGACGCCCAUUAGUUCAGCUCCCUCAUGCAUACUUUUAUUAGGCGAUAGACUAGUUAAGAAAAUUGUUUCUAUGUACUGUAUAUUUUGUACCUGUUUACACUUCUAAUAUUGAUAUAACUGAUAUUUUAAAAAAUAAAUGAAGAGAAGACAUCCUGUUAAAAUAAAACCUAACCAGCACCAA